GACUCUUGUUUCUCUACGAACAUCUGUCUUUUCAUCUGGUUUUGUUGGAGAGAUUAAAUUAUAUUACCGGAGUUUUAUCCUACUCACUGGAGGAAGUUGUCGAAAUUUUAAAAGAUGUUAUAAACAGUUUGUUUUGAACUGAAAUUUUGACUUUUGAAAAAUUAUUGUUCUUGUUUAUUUUCACAAGAAUAUUAGAAUCAUGAGUGAAAAUCAAUGGAAAAAACCCAAAGAUAUAGGAGGGGAACUGCAGUGGAAACAUGGUUUAAUUUGGCGUGAUAUAUAUUUUCAGGUUUCUGCCAACACUAUUUAUCUCUAUCCACGAAGCAGGAAAGAUAAAAACCAGGUCCUAUCUAAAAUAUCCCUGACGCAGGUUGAUGAAGUGAGUGAAACUGAAAGAAAAUUUUCAAAAAGAUGCUUUAAAAUAGUUUUGAAAACAGGAGCUGUUGAGCAGUUUAAAUGUCCUGCAAAAGAGCUGGGUGGUUUAAAUAUUCAACAAUGGAUUGACAACUUGAGACAUGCUGUGAAAUUUUGGAUUGAUCGAGAAAAACAAAAGCAAUAUGGACGUCCACGAAGGGUGACCUUGGAGGGUCCAGAUGAAGCAUUGGAAAGCCUGGAUGGUGAAAAACAUCGUGUAUUUUUUACAUUAUGGAAUGGUGAAAUGACAGGUCUUCUUGUCAGUGACACUUCAACAUUUACUGACAUACACACACGCUUGUUCUCCCUCGCUUGUCAGCCAAGCAAAUGUUCCGUUUGUAAAAUACGUCAUCAGUCAUGUGGCCUCUGGGCGGUAGACACGACAGGGACAGGGAGACGUGUUGGAAAAGACGAAUCUCUGCGCGCUCUGGAUAAAGAAGGAAAUUGCUUGUUUGUCAUGGAGCACCAUCAGAAACUUCUCGUUGUUCAUUUCACUGAUUUUUCUUACGAAGUUCUUCCGGUUCUGGCUACAAUAACGGCCAAAGAGAUAUUGAAACUUGAAGUAAUCGCUUCAAAACUAAACGAGUUGAGUUGCUUCGAUCCAGGACUGUUUUUACAUUAUGAGAGUGGCGAUGAACUGCAGUUUUGUAUGAAUGACAAUCCAGUUAGUUAUCAGAAGGAUGGCAAGAUUGUUGCAAGAAGCAAGUUGAUUCCAAGAAACAGCGUGAAAAAAUCCGAUCAUGAAAAAAUAGCUGAAAUACGAUGGAAGCUGUACUUGACGCACUAUCAAAGAAAGAAAGUUAGUGAUUGGUUAACAGAAACACGCGCUGAUCAACUGAAGAAAUCUUGCAAGACGGAUGAAGAAUUGUGUUUUUAUGAUGAUCAUUUUGCUUUGAAUAAUGACUUGAUGCAUCCUCGUCUCCAGGAUUGGCAAAGAUUCACUGAUGAUGGUCGCCAGGGUGAUAUUGGUAUCAGUGAUAAUAUUGGUAACAGUGAUGAUAUUGGUAACAGUGAUGAUAUUGGUAACUGUGAUGAUAUUGGUAACAGUGAUGAUAUUGGUAACAGUGAUGAUAUUGGUAACAGUGAUAUUGGUUAUCACGUUGGUCAUGAUAUUCGUAAAAGUGAUGAUGAUAUUCGUAAAAGUGAUGAUGAUAUUCGUAAAAGUGAUGAUGAUAUUCGUAAAAGUGAUGAUGAUAAUCGUAAAAGUGAUGAUGAUAUUCGUAAAAGUGAUGAUGAUAUUCGUAAAAGUGAUGAUGAUAAUCGUAAAAGUGAUGAUGAUAUUCGUAAAAGUGAUGAUGAUAUUCGUAAAAGUGAUGACGAUAAUCGUAAAAGUGAUGAUGAUAAUCGUAAAAGUGAUGAUGAUAUUCGUAAAAGUGAUGAUAGUAUUCGUAAAAAUGAUGAUGAUAUUGGAAACGAUGAUAUUCGUAAUGGUGCAAACAACGAGAUUUUGUCGGGUGAAAACGAUAUCCCAGGGGGUGAGGUUUCCCGGAAUGGUACAUGUACAGCGCAAUACGAUUGUGAUGACAGAAAUCAGAAUGAAAUAGAAAAGGCUGGCAAUUUCGCUAAACAGAAUGAAAAUGAUAGACCAAUGUCAGACAAUGCUGGUAGUGAUUGUCUAGUUUCUCGGAAUGCCACAAUUACGGAUUUAUCUGAUGAUGCUAAGAAUAACAAUGAUGCAAUUAACUCGUUGGAUGCAACUAAUGAGAGCGCAAAAUGCGACAAUUUCUCCUGUCAGAACAGCUUGUUUACUGAGCCAAAUGAAAACCAGACAGUCGUAUGCCAGUCGAUUGUCACAGUUGAACCUCAACCCAGUCUUGAGAGAAUUGAAUCAAACCACACUAAAGACAAUCUUCAUUCUGAUAUCAACCCAAGUCAAUCCACCAUUUCAUGUGGCAAAUUACUGCUUCCCUCAAUAUCAGAAGGGUUACUGUUUCAAAAAGAACAUCAACCAAACCAUUCUCAUGCAAGUGAUAUCGGGAUACGUCGGUCGUUGUCGGAUUCAAAUAUACGUUACUCGUUCACAGACACUAGCGCACGUGACAGUCACACACAAGCAUGUGAUAGACAGCUCAUUUCACGUGUCAGAUGCAGCGCGUCGGAAUCGGAGUUCCUAGAUGAACACGAAGUUCUACGAGUUAUCGACGUGCAUCCACCGAUUGACUCCGAUGAGGACCCUGAUGUUCCCGGGAAAUGUGGAGAAACUGAUAUAUGUAAAUUCACUGGACCAACAUGGACAUUUGCUAAACGGGUUGAAGAAUGUGUAGGGAAGAUUCUGAGGGUAAAAAAUGACAGUGCCGAAGUUGAAAGACUAAUUUUUAACGAUUUAUGCAAAGUUCUUUACGAGUUGCUUGAACAUGGGUUAAAGAAAAGCUUUCUUGGUAUUUCUCUCUUUUCUAUUGGUACAAACGUGUGGAGUAUUUGUCAAACUGUUUGUAAGAUUACAUCUGUUGGUCUUAAGGAGAUGGAAAGAAUCAAGGAAGACGGCAUUGAACAGAAGUUUCGCAUGUUUAUCUACGAAUGUAUUCAACACGAACUUCUCAGUCGAUGGUUUGAGGUUUUGUCCAGUGAAGAUGUUCAAAAGAAAAUAAUGAAGUUUUAUGAACCUAGCGCAGUGGUUUUGGAACCAGAAUAUUCAAAAGCAAUGGAACAUUUGAAGAUACAUUUGGAUGGACUGCUUGCUCUGAAGUUAGAAGGACUGACUACUCGUCAAUUGAAGAAGGAAAGCUCUUUCUUGCUUAGUUUUGAGUAGUUUAGGCUUUAGACUAGUGUUUAGAAGCAUAUGUAUGCAUCCCUCGUAUCAAGAUUCAUAGUCAGAGUGAAGAUUUUCUACGUCAGAGUGAAGAUUUUCUACGUCAGAGUGAAGAUUUUCUACGUCAGAGUGAAGAUAUUUCAUAUCAAUUGAUAAGAUAGAGUCCAAGAUAGAGUCCACACAAAACCAGUCACAGUCGAGAAAUUUUAAUGAUGUUUAUGAAGCUGGAAUAACCAACCUUCAUUAGAUUUUAAGAUUCCUUUUUAGAGUUGCUAAAUGUUUACAUGUCAUUUGCUAGAUUUCAAUGUUAUUUUUGAUAAGCAAAUGUAUAUAAAAGUUUGUGAAUAUUUUAAUUUUCCUAUUAAUCACUUCUUUUCAAACUUAUAUAAAA